ACCAAUCCCAUCGCUUGCUUUACACUUCCACCCUCCUAUCUUUCUUUGUGAUUCAUCUUUCAGAAUCUACAAAAAGAAACCAACUUUUUUUUUGUUGUUGUGUGAAAUUCACAGAACCAGCUUCCUUUUCUCCAAUACCUCCAGAAUCAUGCCUGAGAAGAAUAUUGUAGAGGAUGUUCUCGGCGAUUUGGUAGAUAACUUCGCUGAGACAGUUCAAAAGAAGAAAAACGUUUCUUUCUUCGAACAGGAAGAUACCGUCGCUUCUCGUUUCAAUCGUUUGUUUGGUCGCGAGAAGCCAAUUCAUCAUAUCCUAGGCGGUGGCAAAUCUGCUGAUGUGUUGUUAUGGAGGAACAAGAAGAUCUCUGCAAGUUUUCUGAUGGGAGCUACUGCAAUUUGGGUGCUUUUCGAGUGGAUCAAUUUCCAUUUCCUGUCGCUCGUUUGUUAUGGUCUCUUGCUUGGUAUGAUCACACAAUUCGUUUGGUGUAAUGCCUCAGGGUUUCUAAACCGCUCACAGUCUAGAGUGCCUCGCCUUGUUCUUCCGAAAGAUUUCUUUGCGGAUGUCGGUGUGACCAUUGGAACAGAGGUUAACCGUGGUUUGUUGUUUCUUCAGGACUUGGCUUGUAGAGGAAAUUUGAAACAGUUCCUCAUGGCUGUGAUUGGACUAUGGGCUGCUGCAAUAGUCGGGAGCUGUUGCAAUUUCCUAACUGUUUUGUAUAUUGGGUUUGUGGGGGCUCACACAAUGCCGGUUCUGUAUGAGAGAUAUGAAGACGAAGUUGAUGGUUUUGUUGAUUCUAUGCUCAUGAAGUUUCAUAGUCACUACAAGAAGCUUGAUUCUGGUUUUCUCAGUCGAAUCCCAAGUGGAAAGUUUGGGUUGAAGAAGCAUGACUAAAUCAAAGUUCUUAUUCUUUCUUUCUUGGUAGAACAAUGGAUUAUGGUUUGAAAAGUUAAUGUUUUGAGAAUACUCACUCAUGUAGAUUUGUGUAUUGAAUAUCUUUAAUUUUGUUACAAACAAAUCUCCAUUGUGUCUCCUUGUGUAGUAGUCUCAUAAGAAGUAAAUAGAAUCAUUGGUAUGUGCAA